GUUGGUUGUACUUGGAUUAUAAGAACUGACACAACAGAUCAUAUGUCUGCUGCCUGUUAAAAGAAUCCUAGAUGCCGUCUUCUCUUUCAUCUUAUCCAGAAAAUCUACGCUUUACACCCGAAAGCCGGCUUGAAGGGAUUUCAACAGACUGGGAAACAAGGUCUGGAAGAGUUUGGUAAAGUUUUUUCUGUCAUUGUGGAUAUCUUUGCGCUUAGACUUCCUUCUUCUUAAGCUUCUGAAUGGUUGGCAGCUCAUCUAAUUUCUCUGUAACAUAUGUGGGUUUCAAUAGGACGGAGGUCCGGGAUCAACCAUGAGUGAAACGCGAUCUCGUUUUAUGUGACUCAGCGAGGUUAUUAGAGGCACAGAUAUUUCAGUUUCAGGGAUAGACCCACAAGGUGACACUGGCAUCUACCAAGCCCAUCCACGCCGAGGCUGGACAUUAAAACUGUGGGUAACCACUGAGCCGGACCUUAAAGAUUGAAUUCAUCUUUGGCACACUACCUAUCCAUCUGAAUCAAGACCUUGUGUGAGCGGGUUCCUCACUUGGCCUCCCUCAAGUGCUCUUAUAGCGCACAGCGUUGACUUUUUCUCACAGAACUGCAAAAAAAUCAAAAGGACUCAGAAUGGUGGAACACGGCGGCAUGGACAUCAUGUGCCUGAACAAGUCUUGCCACAGUUCCUCAUCUUCAUCUAGCUCCGAGCAAGACAAAAAGAUUUUCACCAAACUAAAACUUAAUUAUUCAGCGGACUAUCCGAGGAAGAAUGCAGAGUUCCUCAGCGGGCAGUACGGGACCAAUCUGCUGCUGAUAGGAGUUGCACUGAUGCUGGCCAUUGCGAACCGUGAACAGUCGGUCGAGGAAAAGCACCUGCUGUCCUUUGCCACCUGCCUCAUGAUCCUCCAGCUGAUCUGGAUGAUGUGGUACAUCCUGCGGCACAGACAGAAGAACACACGAACCGAGAGAGAUGUCAAUGCCACCACAUGCUGGAUAAGAGGUGGUUUGACUCUCCUCGCAGUUCUCUCACUGAUCAUGGACGCCUUCCGACUUGGGUAUUAUGUUGGCUUUAGAUCCUGUCUGUCAGCUGUGCUCGCAGUAUACCCAGUCAUCCAUGCAACACACACCAUUGCACAGGUGCAUUUUCUCUGGUUUCACAUCAAGGAUGUCAUCAAGAGCUUUGAGACAUUUGAGAGAUUUGGUGUCAUCCAUGCAGUCUUUACCAACCUUCUCUUGUGGUGCAACGGAGUGAUGUCAGAGUCUGAGCACUUCACCAAAAAUUAUAUUAGAAGACUGUCUACCUUGGGAUAUGAAAACGUCACUAUAGUGGACUCACAACCAGGAUGCAACUGCACCUUGAGCACAUGCUCCAUGCUCAUCACCAGCCUCACUUAUCUGUUCCCUUUCAACAUCGAGUACCACAUCUUUGUCUCUGCCUUGCUAUUUGUUGUGUGGAAGAACAUUGGACGCACCAUUGAUAUGUCUUCAAACAGAAAACCUCUGGUUACUAAAACCCAGUGCUUAAUUUUAGGCCCGAUUCUGGGCCUACUUGCAUUGGGCAGCACUAUUGGGAUGCUGGUGCUAUACAUUAUUCGUAUAGAGGCGUCCCUUGAACUGCGUCAGUCAGCUAUUUCUAUGUUUUACAUUUACGGCAUUACUAUGCUGAUGGUAAUGUGCUCUGCUGGUGCUUCAGGCCUGCUCAUAUAUCGAGCAAACCACAUGCCGAUGGACACAUCCAAAAACCCUUCGAGACAGCUGGACACAGAGCUGCUGUUUGGAGCCUCUAUGGGCUCCUGGUUCAUAUCUUGGUGCAGCAUAGUGGCAGUGUUCAGCACCAGCAGCAACCCUCCUUAUCGCUGGACCAACCUAAUCUACUCUGUUCUUAUAGUGUUGGAGAAAUAUGUCCAGAAUCUCUUUAUCAUCGAGUCCCUCUAUCGCCAGCAAGAGGGUGUUGAGAGGACAGACCCUGAAUUGCCAGCUACUCCAGAAAUCUUCUCAGUGACUUCGUCUCUGGCUCCCCCAUUCAACGGCAUCAUCAAUCAAGCCUAUGAGGCUUCAGACAGGGGCUGUGGCUUCAUGGAGCAGGAGCAGGAGAAGGAGAAGGAGAAGGAGCAGGAACAGGAGCAGGAGCAGGAGAGGGACCAGGAGCAGGAGCAGGAGCAGGAGAGGGAGGAGAAUGGACAAGUUUACGGAUGUCAGCGGAAGCAUUCGGAAGUGCCACUGCCUCUGGGCAACCAGACUGUUGAACCCCUAAAUAUGAAGAGCCUAAUCCUGAAGAACAUUGCUGUUUUAAUGAUAAUGUGCAACAUUUCGUUGUGGAUCCUCCCUGCUUUUGGCUGCAGACCACAGUACGACAAUGGGCUGGAACAGACAAUAUUUGGUUUUACCACGUGGACCACAAUUCUCAAUUUUGCCAUUCCUUUGAAUGUUUUCUACAGGAUGCACUCAGUAGCCUCCCUCUUCGAGGUGUUCCGACGAGUCUGACAGAAAAGCGAAUGAGUGACACUGCCAGACAACAUGCACAGGAACACUUGUCAGCACCAGCUUACGAAAAUGUCACGAAUGUCACAGCACAAGUCAGCUGUUCAGGAGAGAGUCAGGGUCACUCUGCAACAGACCUGAGAGCAAGCCAUGGAGAAAAAGUAGUUCCUCGAGAUGGGGAUAACUGAGGAAGACAAACCUAUUAGCCUGUGUUCCUUGAAGAAUUACCCUGUGUAACAGGAAGCUUAUUAGAGAUGGUGGUGAAAUCCUUGUUUCCUUUCAUUUAGAUGGGUGUUUUAUUCUCUAUUCACAUUAAAGGUUUGCUUACUGGUGGAUUAUGUACUAUAUAGGCCUAUAUGGUUGAUCUCAGAUGCAUAUUUUGUACUGUUUUAGAUUAGUUAAUAUAUAGACUUCUUACUUGAUUGCAUUAUCUGAAAAUAACAGUGAAGCCACUGGAAAUGUUUAUAGUCUCAGAAAAUUUAUAGUACUGUAUACUGAACAUGGAUAAAGUUCUUGUUUACUUGUCUUAGUUCUUUAGGUAGAAUAAUAGAACAUUGUGCACACUUAAGCUCAAGGCUAGUUACAAUCUUAUCAAUAUAUCUUUACUAAUCCUUUUUACUCAGAUUUCAGUUCUCAGAAGUAGCUCCUUAUCAAUUCAAAAUGAAAAUUCAUCACUGCCUGCGCUCAUGCUGAUUUCCUGUUCUUUUUAACUGAUGAAAAGUUAUAUUCAAAAUGAUCUCUCAAAAUGUUUUCCCUUCUUGAACCAGAUAUCAUUCGAUUCUCAUAUCUUAGCAUGCACAUGUAUCAGGACAAGUACAUCCAUUAAUGAAUGUGAAAAACAGACAUUGCUGUUAUCACGCCAGAGGCUAAUGUUUAACCCUGAGAGACCAGAGAUUAAAACAAAACCAUCACAGUCUUUAACAAGACUUUGCACUGUACAAACUCAUCUGAGAUCUACAUAGAAUUUCAGUCAGGUGUUCAGCAAGUUCUCAGCCUGGUGCUAUCUUCCCUCUGGGUUCUUUGUAUGUGCCAAGUUGUGGGAAACAAAAAAAAAUCCUGUUUAUUAUUAUUAAUAUUUUUUUUUUUUUAUGUUUUCCCUCUUUAAUGCAGAUAGCCAAAAAUAUUAGUUCAUUGUCAUAUUUGUAUACUAUUCUGAUGAAAAUCACUCAGAUACUGAUGAUUUUGUGGGUAUUCAAUUAUAUUGUGCUGACAAAAAAUUAGGUGCAUAUUAGGUAUGAAAGUAUGUUAUGUGUCUAUUAAAAUAAAAAGUUUUCUUUUU